AUGACUGAUGAACGGAAAUUAAUCAACAGCAGGUUAGGAAGAGGUGGUAUGACUGCUAAAGUAAAAGUUGCAGUUUAUGCUUCACAAAUUGGCAUCCCUGUUGACACUUUAUCCUUGUAUAGUCAUGAUUUGGUUGAUGCAGUCAAACAAAUGAAAGAAAAGAGUAGGUUCAAGGAACUGUUGAUUAUGGUAGAUACAUGUCAAGCUGCUACCCUCUUUUCCCAGCUCCAUUCACCUGGUGUUUUGGCUAUUGGGAGUAGCAUGAAAGGGGAAAACUCAUAUUCACAUCACUUAGAUUCUAGAGUCUAUGAAAGUCUUGUGGUGUUCGGCGAUAUUCGCCAAUGGGACAGAGCUUCUGUUGAGAUAGACAUUACAGAGUCUACAUUUCACAGAUGGCUCCAAGAUGUUCCCAGUUUUGGCGUUCAAGAACAUGGGAUGGGACCAAGAGGUUCUGCUCUAAUAUGUGGUUACACAACUUAUCAAGUUGGUGUCAAAAAGCUUGCAGAUGUUCACUUUUCCCUCAUUUGA